CUUGAAUAACAUUGGGCGUACAUUCGGAAAGAAAAUCAAGAGACAUAUAUUCUUCUUCAGAUCUGUCUUUAGUAUAUCAUUAAAAUAGAUCGCUUUGAUGCCAAAGGAGAGUGUAUGGGAGGCAAGCUUUGGACUUUCUUAUCAGUAUAUCGUAUCUAAAGUACGUGUUGCGAGAUGCUGCUUGUGGUGGUGACGAUGCUGGGUCUUCUCGAUGGGGCUGUAAGCCUACCAGAGGGGGCAACCUGCAAUUUUUCAUGGGAUUUUGACUCGUUUCUUGGGAAACGUCUCACCAACCAAAUGAUAGAGACAAAGGGGGGAAUUAGUUUGCUUCAGUGUGUCCGUGAAUGUCUGGACAUGGACUCGACUGUCUGCAGGUCUGUCAACUACAACAGACAGCUGAGAAAGUGCCAGUUGAACUCAAUGGACGAAAGGUUGGUACCAUGGGAUAUGUCAUCUAGCGCCGGAUGGAACUACUAUCACAAGAGGAUUUCUUCUCCGGAUAGAAUCGCACAAUACAAUGGGGCUCAUUGCUAUGUCAAGAAGUGCGCUCCAGGGACCAGUGAAUUCCUCGACAGGUGUAUUGAGGUCACACCCUCCAAACCAGGGUCAUUUGAUACCAGCUGGUCAAAAUGCCAGCAGAAGUACGGCGACCUUCUUCACAUCUACAACCAGGAAGUGUACGACCACAUCCUCCCUCUCGUGGAACCUUACGGCAACGAGGCCAGAUUCUACAUAGCAUAUUACGAGUGCUUCGUGUUCUAA